UCUCAAUCCAAAGCUAGAGUAUUUCAUUUAUGACUUCACUCGAAAUGGCUUCUUCAGAAGAAGGACAAGUGAUCGGUUGUCACACGGUUGAAGAGUUCGACCUGCAAAUGCAUAAGGGCAAUGAAUCCAAGAAAUUGGUGGUGAUUGACUUUACAGCCUCAUGGUGCGGUCCAUGCCGGUUCAUCUCCCCAGUUCUAGCAGAAUUAGCAAAGAAAAUGCCUGAAAUUACCUUCCUCAAAGUUGACGUUGAUGAACUCAGCUCUGUUUCUGAGGAUUUCGCUGUAGAGGCAAUGCCGACAUUCGUGUUUGUUAAGGAAGGUAGUCUUGUCGAUAGGGUUGUCGGUGCUCGGAAAGAGGAGCUGCAAUCAAAGAUAACUCUUCACUCGGCUGUCGCUGCUAGUGCCUGAUGUUGGAAAAAAUUAAUAAAUAUAUGAAAACUCUAUGUUUUGUUUCUUUGUUAUAUGGUAUGUUGAAUAAAUCUGUUGUAAUUUUAGUUUUAAAACCUAUGAUCAUUUUAUAAAUGUCAAUUUUAUGAAAAAAAAAGUUGGAUAAAAAUAUUAAAUUUGUUCCUUAAGUGGAGAUUUA